AUGGCCGCGGAAGAUGGAGCAUCGCCAUCGCAUGGCGCAGAAUCGUCGUCAACAGCCGCACAGUACGCCUCACCCCAACAGCUGGAGUCGGUGGAGAAUAUUACGGAACUGGAAGACUUUCGUACCAUAUCUGCCUUGCCAGAUAUUGCAGAAAUCAAGGCAUAUCAUACGACCAGGAUACAGGCGACGAAUAAUUCUCAGCAGGAUCCUUUAUCAAAACUACUAGAAAGCCAUUUUUUCCGCUUACGCAAUAGACUGAUUCUUGCCAUUCGUUUUGAGGCUCCAAAGGAACUGAUUUUUGCUCCCCUGUCUGAGGUUGAGAGUGAACAUGGAAACGAAGUCGACGAUGAGAAUCACAACGGAAAGGAAGAUACUGCCCAUGAUGAACAAUCGGAUAGCGAGGAGCCUGAUUCGGAGGACGAGGCCGACGACCCGGACAACUGCCUUUGCCUCGUGGCAUCCAAGAAUCAGCAAGACGAUGUAAAACGGGAAUGGGGCGGGUAA